AUGAAAUCACUCACCCUUUUUGCUACUUUAUUAAGUUUAAUCACUCUUGUUGUUGCUGCUUCACCACCUAUGACGUCAGCUCCUGCUGUUUUUACUGAACCAACGGCCGAUUGUUCAGAUACGGUAAUUUAUGAUAAUGGUGCUACUCAUACAUUCAAAGUUUGUAGUGAAGGACAAACUGCUCCACAUGGAUGUGAAUAUAGAUCUACAUCUAUAUUAUCUCAAUCUUAUUUGACAUGUCAACCAAGUUGUAUAAUUUUACAUGGUACUGGUGCUAUUAUUUCAACAUUUACUACAAUGAAUACAUGUCCUUAUUCAAUUACAAAUACCCCUGGAUGUACAAAAACUAAUGAUCAAGUUUAUUGUCCACCAUCUGAAUAUUGUUCUACUUCUUCUACUUUAAUCAGUUAUGGAGGUGGGUUUUAUCUUGCUGGAUUAAUGGCUGUUGAAUGUAAAACUGAUAUUUGUUCAUUCACUACAUCUUCAGAUAUAGUUGGUUAUGAUUGUGCUCCAUAUACAACUUCAUUAGAUAAUGGAUGUCAAGAAAUUAUACAAAUGGAAGAUGGUUCUGUUGUAACAUCAACAAUUUGUGAAACUGAAUCCACUCCUCCACCAUCAAGUUUGAUUAAUUGUACUACUGGUUCAUAUUUCCCAUCUCAUACUAAUCCGGAUGAUUAUACUGAAUAUACCCUUUGUCCAGAUACUGUUACCUUACCAGCUGGUUGUAAAACAACUGAUUGGCCUUACUUUUCAGGUGAAGUUGCCGUAACUUGUAAUCCACCGUGUACAAUGACAGAAACAACUGGAGAAGUCACUUAUACUGUUUCAUAUAAUUAUUGUCCUACCAGCUAUGAUUCAGGUACGACUCCAGAACUAGUAUAUACCACAACUACAGAAUAUGAUGGUUCUUGUGCUACUUACGAUGGAUACAUGACAUGUCCAGACCAUUGUAUAAUAACAACUUUUAGUAGAUAUGAAGGUGCAACAUGCUUUUUGACAGAAUCACAUUCUUGUGAUCCAACUUUAAGUUGUCUGUUUGUUGGUUAUUUGGGUCCUAGUCCUUCAUUCAGUUGUGUUCAUGUUUCCACUAUGCCUCCUGUAACUCCUGUAACUUGUACUACUAAGACUUAUACUACAGUUACGACUAUUGUCAAGACUGCCACCUUUUGUGAGCCAGAAAUAAGUAUUCCACCUCGUUGUCCAACUUUAUACUCCCCAGCUACAAAUGGUCAUUAUAUUGGUACUUGUGUUAGACCUUGUCAAAGAACAUCCACAUUUGACGGUACUACAAAAGUAGUCUCUUAUUCUGUUUGUCCAUUAUAA